CAAAUUUGCGACAGAUGAAUCACAUCCCUAUUUUACGCCCCUUCUGUCGUGUCAAAAGUGCAAAUCGCAUUAGUUACAUAAAAGCAGGAAGAUGACAGAUUCAAGAUACUUCACGACGACGAAGAAGGGGGAGAUCUUUGAGCUGAAAUCGGAGUUGAACAGUGACAAAAAAGAAAAGAAGAAGGAAGCAGUUAAAAAGGUCAUAGCAUCAAUGACAGUGGGUAAAGAUGUGUCCGCACUGUUCCCUGAUGUGGUGAACUGCAUGCAAACGGAUAAUCUCGAGCUGAAGAAGUUGGUGUACUUGUAUUUGAUGAAUUAUGCUAAAUCGCAGCCUGAUAUGGCCAUCAUGGCUGUCAACACAUUUGUCAAGGACUGCGAGGAUUCAAACCCGUUGAUACGGGCGCUGGCUGUACGCACCAUGGGCUGCAUACGUGUGGACAAGAUCACCGAGUAUCUGUGUGAACCGCUCCGGAAGUGCUUGAAGGAUGAGGACCCGUAUGUGAGGAAGACUGCAGCCGUUUGCGUUGCUAAGCUGUAUGAUAUAUCCUCUAGCAUGGUUGAGGACCAGGGAUUCUUGGACCAAUUGAAGGAUUUACUUAGCGACUCGAACCCCAUGGUGGUGGCUAAUGCUGUGGCAGCUCUCUCUGAGAUCAAUGAAGCCAGUGUCUCUGGACAGCCUCUGGUUGAAAUGAACGCGCCGACGAUCAACAAGCUGCUGACGGCGCUGAACGAGUGCACAGAGUGGGGGCAGGUGUUCAUCCUGGACGCGCUGUCGAACUACGCGCCGCGCGACGCGCGCGAGGCGCACUCCAUCUGCGAGCGCAUCACGCCGCGCCUCGCGCACGCCAACGCCGCCGUCGUGCUCUCCGCCGUCAAGGUGCUGAUGAAGCUGAUGGAGAUGGUGUCCUCCGACACGGAGCUGGUGAGCACGCUGUCGCGCAAGCUCGCGCCGCCGCUCGUCACGCUGCUCAGCGCCGAGCCUGAAGUGCAGUACGUGGCCUUGAGGAACAUCAACCUUGUAGUGCAGAAACGACCUGAUAUAUUGAAACAUGAGAUGAAGGUGUUCUUCGUAAAGUACAACGAUCCGAUAUACGUGAAGCUGGAGAAGCUGGACAUCAUGAUCCGCCUGGCGUCGCAGGCCAACAUCGCGCAGGUGCUCGGCGAACUCAAGGAGUACGCCACCGAGGUCGACGUCGACUUCGUCAGGAAGGCCGUGCGGGCCAUAGGCAGAUGCGCUAUCAAGGUUGAACCGUCAGCAGAACGUUGCGUCUCCACGCUCCUGGAGCUGAUCCAGACGAAAGUGAACUAUGUGGUGCAGGAGGCGAUAGUGGUGAUCAAGGACAUCUUCCGCAAGUACCCCAACAAGUACGAGAGCAUCAUCAGCACGCUGUGUGAGAAUCUGGAUACACUUGAUGAGCCCGAGGCCAGGGCUUCGAUGGUAUGGAUUGUGGGCGAGUAUGCAGAGCGUAUCGACAACGCUGACGAGCUGCUGGACUCUUUCCUAGAAGGUUUCCACGAUGAGAACGCACAGGUGCAACUGCAACUGCUGACGGCGGUAGUGAAGCUGUUCCUCAAGCGGCCCGCCGACACACAGGAGCUGGUGCAGCACGUGCUCAGUCUCGCCACACAGGACUCCGACAACCCAGAUCUCAGAGAUCGUGGCUUCAUUUACUGGCGUCUGCUGUCCACCGACCCGGCUGCGGCCAAGGAGGUGGUGCUCGCCGACAAGCCGCUCAUCUCGGAGGAGACGGACCUGCUCGAGCCCACGCUCCUCGACGAGCUCAUCUGCCACAUCAGCUCGCUCGCCUCCGUGUACCACAAGCCGCCAACCGCGUUUGUUGAAGGUCGCGGCGCGGGCGUGCGCAAGUCGCUGCCGGCGCGCGGCGCGGCCGCCGACGAGCCGCACGCGCCGCAGCCCACCGUCAUACCCAACCAGGAGUCUCUGAUCGGCGACCUGUUGUCGAUGGAUAUUGGCGGUCCACCUCCAGCGCCCGCACCUUCUUCCAACUUGGAUCUGCUGGCCGGUGGUUUGGAUGUUUUGCUGGGCGGUGGUCCGGAGCCAGCGGCGGGAGCAUCCUCCGGCACGACGGGCCUGCUCGGAGACAUCUUCGGCGUGGCCGCCGCGCCCGCCUGCUACGUGUCGCCUAAACAGUGUUGGCUGCCGGCCGACAAGGGAAAAGGUCUCGAAAUCUGGGGCACAUUCAUCCGUCAGAACGGUCAGCCUCGCAUGGAGAUGACGUUCACCAACAAAGCCAUGCAGGCGAUGAGCGGAUUCGCCAUACAGCUGAACAAAAACAGUUUCGGCGUCUAUCCUGUAGGCGGCUUGUCUGUGGGUGUACUAAGUGCGGGCACGUCGGCGGAGGCGCCAUUAGCAUUAGCCACUACAGGACCUGUACAACGCAUGGAGCCACUCAACAACUUACAGGUUGCGAUCAAAAACAACGUCGACGUGUUCUACUUUGCAUGUCUCAUCCCUGCGCACAUCCUGUUUACCGAAGACGGCCAGCUCGACAAACGAGUGUUCCUCACCACUUGGAAGGAGAUACCAGCUGCCAACGAGGUCCAACACACACUAUCAAACGUUGUCGGCAAUGCUGACACCAUCGCGCAAAAAAUGACCCUUAACAAUAUAUUCACCAUCGCAAAACGAAACGUAGAAGGCCAAGAUAUGCUCUACCAGUCUCUAAAACUCACCAACAAUAUAUGGGUCCUGUUGGAAUUAAAACUCCAACCUGGCAAUCCCGAAGCGACGCUCAGUUUGAAAUCGCGGACCGUGGAGGUCGCCACUUGUAUAUUCCAAGCUUAUGAAGCUAUUAUCAAGUCGUAAUCUCAUCGAUAUCGAUAUAUGUAUAUUUGGAUCAAAGUAUUCCCAUGUUAAAGACUUGGCAUGUAAAUUCCAUUGUGGUGUGAAUGUAACUGAGAAUGAGAGAUGGUUUAUAUAAUAGUAAUAAGCAAAUGUAACUUCAACAAUUUUUAUCGAUACUUUUUGACGCAGUAAAUAAUUCGAAAAUGUGGUUUCCUACCUAAUCUUGAAUAUCAGUUGAGCCACAAUAAAAUAUUAUUCAAUUUUGGCUUGUAUUGUCAAGUAAUCUAUUAUUAUAGUUAAUAUACUUAUGUUAUAAUGUAUUAAUGUUUCAUAUUUAAGUAUCGAUAUAUUUAUAAGAUAUGAAAUUAAAUAAGUUUAUGUUAAA